AUGUCGAUCGGCAGAAUCCAAGCGAGUGGAGUAGCAAUCAAUCCGGAGCUACAAGUAGCCCUAGCGCAGCUUAACUUCGACUUCUCCCUGUUCAAAGUAGACGCACCGCCCGAAUAUGGACCACUAGGUGCCUCCCUGUCGAACGCCCGUCGUGAGACUGCGGAAGACGGAGCUCAGCACAUCACUGCGCGUAGACUCGGUGCCCUUUUCAAAGAUAUUGUACCCCUUACUCCGAUACUUCACGAGUGCUACGGCAAGCGAGUUUCAGAAAUUGCGAAGGUCGAAAGUGCAAACCCAAAAGGGUCUGACAAGUAUGGCAGUUUUGCGGAGUUCGUAGGGGCUGAUGCUACGACCAUCUGGGCUGCAGCCACGUCGGGUCCUGAUGCUAUUGCGGUGCACUUAUUGGCUUGUAUGCUCUCUCGUAUCUUCCCUUCCGAACAUGCCACCUCUGUCUGGGUCGAGUUAGUGGAGCAUAGGGUCAAGGAACUCAAGCAACAGUACGGUCAACAGUACGGCCAUCCGUUAUCUGCCGCCGCAAUGCAAGACAUCUCGAGAGCCCGCCUGCGCAAUUGGGACGCAAGCGCGCGCUCCUGGGUACAGACGGCUGACGAGGUGAGGGUGUUGCAAGGGAAGCAAUUGAUGCUGUUCGCCAAGAACAUCGAUUUGCAAGUCGACGACAAAACUAACGUCUACGAAAGCGUCAUCAGCGCUUGGAAGAACGCGAUGACAGCCAUGGAGAACCUCCUCAAAGGCAUGCCACAGAUGGUUCAGGGCGGUGCUGUGCUACUUGGGUUGUCAGCAUGGCACAUCUACCCCGAUAUGGUAGUGUUGAAGAAUGAGUCCACGGUGGAAACCAAGUUUGAUGACGACCUGGUGCCUAAGGGCGGUUUGAUGACGAUUCCGACCAAGCACACCAGCACAGAAGAUGGACAGGGUGUUAGAUGGUCGUUGUCUCUCGCUCACUUGCGAUUUUAUGGAGAGCCAGUCAAGAUAUCUCGAUCUUCGGGUGCAGAACUCUCACGAAUAACCUUCGAUCAACUUGCCCUUGUCCUACUCGGCGCUAUUGCGAAAGGUUGGGGCUUCGACGAGCUUAAAGAUGAUAAACGAGCUUCCAAAAUCGCCGAACUUCAAGAGGAGUGUUUCUCGCUGAGCGACACAAUCAUAGAUUCCUUGGAGGUGCCUGAGGAGGGCCAUGGCAAUCGUGAUCCUUCAGUCAAAUGGGGCGAGAACCACGAACAAAGCUGGAUGAGAUUGAAGAGAACGCUCUUGAAGCUGCACAAAGCAAGAGCUUUCACAUGGCGUAACGCACCCAAGCAGUUCUCACUUGAACAUGAUGGUAGUUACCUCCAGCGGAGAAAAGACACAGACUUUAUGUUGGUGUGUGGAGAUCCUCAAACCGCUGCGGUAUAUGUCCGAAUGAGUUUUUUGGCGUUUGCAACUGAGCAGGUCGCUAGUAUCGGGAGUUGGCGAUUCGAUCUGGACGAGAUUACGACCGCUUUUGAGGGCAAUUCGUUCAAAAAUUACCAGCCCAAUGAUCUCGUAGCCUUCCUUACGAAUCUGGGUCCGACCGUGCACUCUGGAGGGUCGCAGAGGGGUGAUCUCACCACAACGACUUCUCGUCUAACAUUCUUCCCGUCACUAAUGGCCUUUGCAUCAGCUGCAACCUUGUUCGACCAGCUUGCAAACGCGACCAUCUCGCUUGGUGUAAUAUCACAACCUCUGUACAAGGCCCUCUGGGUUCCGAACAUCAGCUCGCAUUACAGGGCCACCUCUGGACCGAAAUUCCCGGGGUACCAAAACUAUGUCCUUUCUAGGGAGCAGAUCUUCGCUUGUAUAGCCAUGUUCGACAACGGGGACGUGAACAUUGACCCUACUCGACUGCGUAAAGUUAUGGCUCUCUCGAGCGGGAACUCCAUAUAUGUGGUCAAGCAACUGCUGUGUGAUCCUUCUACUACCCAUGCGGAGUGCGAAAUAAAGAGAGUAGUGGGUAAUAUCGGCAGAGCUGGAAUAGGCAUGCUGUACCCUCCAGACGAACCUCGAAUAUCCAAGCCUGAUAACGAGGGAUGGCAACUGGUGAACCAUAAUCGCUACAAUGGAGAAAAGGAAGACAACUUUGGAGCAACGUCGAUGCACCUUAUGUUCACUGGAUACGAAGAAAGCAUAGGCAGUCAUGGCCUUCACGAUGCGCAAGUCACGUUGCUAGAGUCAGUGGUUGCCGUUCGGGAUGGAGGCGAAUGGAGGGCCGAUCUUGAUGUACUACGAGCGCUUGAGAGCGAAAAGCUCAAAAGAUAUCGGAAGCGGGCUAGUUGCGACCACCACAACACUGUCCGUUGCCAGGAUGGAGCUGGCGUCAUAAAGCUGACGUCUAUCGACAAUUGGCACGAACUACUGGAGCUUGAUGGAAAGGCUGGAGUUGUCAGAGCCAAUGGCAACUGGAUAGCAAGGCUUGCAACGACCGUCAUGGCCCUUCAAAAAGGACACGAGGUUGUUGUGAUCGAAAAUGAGCCGUGCUGGCACUGUAUGCGUGCAGCAAGUCUGUUUGGUAAAGAGGCGAAGAAAGGACGACAGCAGCCCGCACGGCUGUCGCUCUUGUUCAUUCAUUAA